UCUUCUGUCAUUGUGAAUUGCCUGUCUUUGAGUGUAAGAAAAAUUUAAGGAGGUGUGGGGCAGCAUCUACAGGCAAUGCAGAGAAUUACUGAGAUCAAAACUUGCUCUUGGUCUUUAUAUCAUUGCUAAAUAUGCGGAGGGAUAUAAACACUACAACUCAUCUAAAAAGGGUAGGAUACAUGUGAUUCAUGUUGAGUUUUAUGUACAGGGUAUAGCUCACAUGUAAUGUGUGAUAAGAAAUCAGAAUCAGAAAGAGUAUAUUGGAUAAGUGCUCUCUCUCUCUCUCUCUCUCUCUCUCUCUCUCUCUCUCACACACACACACACACACACAAACACACAAUUUUUAAAAUUAGAAACAGAAAUUGCAGUACUCACGAAAAUAUAACAGCUACAAAUAGAAUCACAAGAAAAGAAUAUUUACAGAAUAAUAUACACAAAUAAUCUGAAUAUGAAUAGGGGAAGAUGGGGGAAGACACCCUUGGGGUAAGAACACCUCUUGACCAAAGAUGGCACUAAAUCUCAUCUCAACACAUUUAUUGAAUGGAUAUGCUCCUGUUAAUCUUGACAUUUCAUCUGAACAUCAACAUUUGUGAGAUUUAUUCCAUCAUAAUAAAUUUCGAAUUUAAUUUAUCUAAUUUUGUGUCAUUGGAACAUAGUGAUAUGUGACAUGCUGUUAUGUUCUGUCUAUCUGUUAUUGGGGAUUUGUGGACACAGUAAUGUAUUUAAAUUUGUGGAGUAAAUAUAAUGUAGUAUUUAUUUUAAAGUGACAUGGUAAAGUUAGAUCUUUGGGGUAAGAUGCCCCCCUCAGAACUGGGGCAGAAAGCCCCAAGUGGCAUUGUUGGUGUUAUUAUGACUUUAUUUAUUAAUUGCUAUAAUUUAUGGGGCUAUUGUAAAAUAAUUACAUGUGUCAGAUGUACAUUUUCUUGCCCCAGGUAGGGGACCAUCUUACACCAGUAGUGGUAAAAAAAUAAAAUAAAUAAAAAAUAACCUAUUUUGUGUUAUGACAACUAAUUUAGUACAUGUUUGAUGUUUCUAUUCAUUUCCUGUGAAACUAAAUAUGGGUGAUGCGUCAUCAUUCUGUACAUGCUAAACUUAUUUGUAAAUAUGUUACAAUUUAAAAUUAGAUGCACAUUGUUCUUAAGGGGGACAUCUUCCCCCAUCUUCCCCUAAAUUUACAGAGCGAAGUGCGUGUCUGUACAGGCAGUAUACAUACAGUAUGAAAACAGACAUUUCAAAUAUUAAAUCAAACAUAAAAAGUGAAUUUCUGUAUCGCACAUGAAUUUGUACAGGCAGCGUAUAUAAAUAUGAUACAUAUUACACAUACAUUAUGAAGGUAUCGCACUCAAGACAGCAGAUAUAUUGCAGUGUCAGGAGCAAAACUUCGUGGGCAGUGUUAACUUUUCAUGAGAUUACAUAGUUAAAAGCCUCGAUCUCAUUCUUGGCCUUGAUAACACAGUGUUUUCGUUCCAUAAAAUACGACUUUAUUUCAUGUGACGCUUGAGAUACAGUAACAAACCAACAGCGGAACAUUUAAGAGGAACCAAGUGUUUGCGAUCGUGUUUCCGUCCGGAGGUGAGAAUAUCGCCCUGUAUAAGUAGCGAGGGCCGCCACACGCCAUUGUAUUAAUCUGUAACAUUUAAGUCUUUUUCGGUCCAUUUUUAUCAAAGCCACUGUUACGUUUUUGUACCCCGCUUUUAAAGAAAAUUUUAUUUGAAAGUAAGGACAUGGCAACAGAUUCGUGGGCCCAGGCUGUCGAUGAACAAGAAGCCGCAGCGGAAUCGAUAAGCAACCUGCAAAUAAAUGAGAAGGAAGACCAGCCGAAAGCAGAGGCAAAUGGGACAAAGACAGAAGGAAAUGAAGAGAAGACUGAGGAUAAUGACAAGGAGGACAAGGCAGCACAGUCACUGUUGAAUAAACUGAUACGCAGCAAUCUAGUGAAUACGACAAAUCAAGUGGAAGUCCUCCAGAGGGAUCCAAAUUCUCCUCUCUACUCAGUCAAGUCAUUUGAAGAGCUACGAUUGAAACCACAGCUACUACAAGGAGUGUAUGCCAUGGGUUUCAACAGGCCCUCCAAAAUCCAGGAGACGGCCUUGCCCAUGAUGCUUGCAGAACCCCCACAGAAUCUCAUUGCCCAGUCACAGUCAGGCACUGGUAAAACCGCUGCCUUUGUCCUGGCAAUGCUAAGUCAUGUGGACCCUGAAAAAAAAUGGCCUCAGUGUCUAUGUGUGUCCCCUACGUACGAGCUGGCCCUUCAGACCGGCAAGGUCAUCGAGCAGAUGGGAAAAUUUUACCCUGAAGUCCAACUAAUGUAUGCUAUCCGAGGAAACAAAUUGGAGAGGGGAAUAAGGCUGAAAGAACAGAUUGUGAUUGGCACUCCUGGUACUGUUCUGGAUUGGUGUCAGAAGCUUAAGUUUAUUGACCCCAAGCAGAUCAAAGUAUUUGUUCUGGAUGAGGCCGACGUCAUGAUCGCCACACAGGGCCAUCAAGACCAGAGCAUACGCAUACAGAGGAUGCUGCCUAAAACUUGCCAGAUGCUUCUGUUCUCUGCCACUUUUGAGGACACCGUGUGGAACUUUGCCAAGAGGAUUGUUCCAGACCCUAACAUCAUUAAACUUAAGCGAGAGGAGGAGACUCUGGACACCAUCAAGCAGUACUACGUCAUCUGUAACAGCAAGGAGGAGAAGUUCCAGGCUUUGUGCAACAUCUAUGGAGCAAUUACUAUUGCACAGGCCAUGAUCUUCUGCCAUACCAGGAAAACUGCUGGGUGGCUGGCAGGAGAGCUUUCAAAAGAGGGCCACCAGGUGGCGCUACUGAGUGGAGAGAUGCAGGUGGAACAGAGGGCAGCGGUCAUCGAACGUUUCCGGGACGGCAAGGAAAAAGUCCUUGUUACAACUAACGUCUGUGCUCGAGGGAUUGACGUGGAGCAAGUUUCUGUGGUUAUCAACUUUGAUCUGCCAGUGGACCGGGAUGGCAACCCUGACAACGAGACAUAUUUGCAUAGAAUUGGGCGUACUGGCCGAUUUGGCAAGAGGGGGUUGGCUAUCAAUAUGGUGGACAGCAGGCUUAGCAUGAAUAUCCUCAAUCGCAUCCAGGAACACUUCAAUAAGAAAAUUGAGAAGCUGGACACUGAUGAUUUGGAUGAAAUUGAGAAAAUCGCCAACUGAGUAGCUGUCUUUAUUCUUUUAAUAAAACUGUACUCUUGUAACAUUUUAAUUCAGAUGCUGAAAGCAGAGCUGUGCCAGAAAGGAUGUUUACAUCAGUUUAUCUCAGAUGGUCUUUUUAUAGAUUUUUUUUUAAACACAUUUCACUCUUUGUACUUAAUAAAUUUUGAAUGUGUAGUUUUAAAAUCAUGUGUACGUUAAUGCUGCAAAGAUUACCAGAUUUGACGCAUAUCACAUGCGGAAUAUGCCUUUAAAUAUUAAGUUUUAUCUUGCACCUUUUAAAUUUACUACAGAAAGCAGUCUGCCUUCACACUAAGUGUGAAAAAAAUGACAUGUUGACUUAUUAUAUUGAUUUCUAUGAUGGGACUCUUAACCAAGGACACCUGGAUAUUGCAGAGCAAAUACUGCUGAUGGCAUUUUUGUGGAACUAGAAAAUGAUUUUGCUCAAGUGUUUUGGGUUUGAAAACUGGUCUUCACGCUAACCUGUGAAUCUACAGGAAAAAUGUUACUUUUUUUUGGUCGUCUUUUUUUUUUUUUUGUAUCUUGUAUGAAAUCUGGGUGCAGCUAUGUUUUAUUUUGUGUAACAGUACAAGCAAGGAGUUGAAAUAAUUUAAUAUGUUAGGAGUUUGCUGUUAUUGUAAUAAUUUAAUACCCUUGAUAUGGAGCAAGUUUCUGUGGUUUUCUACUUGGAUCUGCUUGUGGACAAGGAUGGCAACCCUGACAACAAGAUACUUUGCACAAAAUUGGGUGUACUGGCUGAUACCUCGCAUAGAUACUGAUGGUGCAGUGGUAGCUGUUAUUGACUCUGAAUUAUUAUAAAUGAUUGCCAAAAUCCUUAAUUGUAUACAACCAUGUGAACCCAAAGAUUAAUGCUUCCAUUGGUUUCGCCAGUACUCGAUUUUGAUAUGAAAUAACAGAAACCUGUAUUCAGCAUUGCAAUUAAAAAUACUGUGAGACAUAUUUAAUAAGUACAAAGAGUGAAAUAGUAACUAUAUUCAACAGAUGCAGUUAAAUGAUAGUAGAUGUGUAACAGCAUUCAUUAUAAGAGUGCUCUGUAGUGGAAGCAUUAUUUGAAUUUCCAGUGAUUGAAUGCAUUGGAAUUUUAAGUUACUUGAGUGCAAGUACCUCAAGUACACAAAUGCAUCUGAAUAUUUGACUGUGGAAGGCUGUUCCACAUUUUCAUUUGCAGCCACAAACAUUUAAAAGGUUGAUGCUUGUGAAUGCAUCUCACUGGAUUCUUCAGGGUAGUCAUAGCAAAGUAUAAUUGUAUGUUGUGGGAAUGUUCUAAUUUUAAUCACUUGAAACUCAACUGACAUUGCACUCAGCUGCAUUGUAUAUGCAUUGUACGGAUGUAAUAAGAAAUGGUGACCAAACCAAAAAUAGAAUAGUGGGAAAAGGUAGUUCAUUACAUUUAUCUUGGGGGAUACAGUUAAGAAGGUGCGAAAUUAGGUAGAACUUCCAAGACGCCAUAUAGACCAGAUGACAGAUCAGCAAGGUUGAGUGGGGGCGCAAUAAAGCUGUGCUCUAGAAAUGGUGCAUCAAACAGUCGAAGUAUGGAGACUUAAACAGGCAAGACACUCAAUGCUAGGUGUUCCCCCUAAUGCUUGCUAUCUGCUUGACAUGACGGGGGAAAAUAAAACUGGGAAAAACACUGGCAGGACCGUGACAUUAUUCAUUUGCAACGUGCAUUGUCGUAAGGUUGGAAUCGUGUCAAUUACAUCUUUGAAGGGAAAACAUGAUUUUUUAUAAAGAAAUAUUGGUUUGACAAAAUAAAAUUCUUGAUGCCUUGUC